UAGUCUAUCCGCGAUCUUCCUAGAGGAAGUUGGUUCCUUAUAGUUGAGUUGAACAUUCAAUUCAUAUUAUCAUAUUAUCAAAGUAGUCAUAUUCUUGAUCGACCAUAGUAAAAAAGAUUUUCAAUAAUCCGAGUGUAAAGUUUACCCUAAAGUAUGCAGUACGGAAAUAUUUCGUCGUGGAUAUGGUUAUCCCUUUUAUCAUUAACAGCGAUUUAUGUGUCGACCCAAGCGACCACGCUAGACCCAAUGACCAUGAGAAAGGUACUUCCGGCGUACGCGAUUUUGGAAAAUGCUGAUUUUCUAAAUUCCAGUAGAUGUCGGACGGAGAUUGAUCAAUUUCGUAAUGCUGUUGACAACCAGAUACUUUGGGGUCUAAGAGCGUUGGACACCAGCGGAGUGCCACCCGGGGGAUUUCUGAACGGGCACAAUUAUUGGUUAGGAGAUCGUCCAGCUUGCACCGGCCUCUCCCAAAAUCUCACGCUGUUUGUCGCGGAGAAGAAACGAAAGAACAAUACGAUAUACCGCAAUCCGGACGAGGAGCAUCCACCUUUUAAGUUUCAUUUUUUUAUUGGACGCAUGCAGCACAAUAGCACUAUGCAAUAUCACCAAGAAUUGCCAUACGACGAUUUGGUGACACUUGGACUUUGUCUACCGGCUUCCUGCACCAAACACGAUGUAGCUACAAUGCUAGAUAAAGUCAUCCAUAAUGAAACUCUUUUCAUUGGAAAACUUUUUGCCAUAAACUUCAGACUCCUCGAAGUCACUGAUUUGGUGAAUGAUUAUCAAUGGCUUCUCUCUUUAAAGAUAAUCUCCAUCAUAGGCGUUUUGGUGUUGUUGUGUACUAUCGUUAUAGGGGCCACGGUAUACGAUAUUUCCGCCCGUCGAAACCGUGUAAACAGCGAAAAGGAAAUCGUUGCGCUUAAAAAUGGAAAUACGAAGGAAUUGGAGGACGUGAGAAAAGUAAAAUGCAAAGCCAGUGACGAUGAAUCGGCACUCUUAGAAUCAAGGCAACAAAAUCACAUGAAUCAAUAUCUGCUCUGUUUUUCGCUGCUCAGAAAUGCACGGUCACUAUUUAAAAUACAAGAGGGUACAGAGACUUUGCGUGUAUUCUACGGUAUGAGAGUGUUGGGAAUGCUAUGGAUUAUUCUCGGGCAUUUGCUCAUGUUCGGGUUUCAUGUUAUGGCUAACAAAUCGCUUUACUACAUGAUGGGCGGUGAAUUACUCAUGAAAAUCAUAAAUAAUCCGACGUUUCCGGUGGACACGUUUUUCUUUAUGAGUGGUUUUCUGUCGUCUUAUAUUUUUCUCAAGGAACAACAAAAAAUGAAGGGAACACUGUCUAUAACAGAAAAGACGAAAAUGUUCUUUCAAAUAAUCAUCAAACGAUAUAUGAGGCUUACACCUGCAUAUUUCGUCGUUAUACUGAUAGCGAUAUUAAAUUUCACCUGGCACGAUCAUGUCUCAGCACUUCUCCCCUUUGAGCAUCCAAGUGCUAAGUGUUCCAAAUAUUGGUGGACUAAUAUACUUUACAUCAACAACUUCUACCAUUGGAAUGACGUAUGUCUCCUUUGGAGUUGGUACCUACCCAAUGAUAUGCAGUUCUUCAUAUUUGGUACUUUUCUCCUAAUAUUAUCGAGCACGCAUUACAAUAUUGCCACUGGCUUAGGCGUUUUUAGCAUGGUUUUCUCGAUAGUAUCAGUCGCUUACAAUGGAUACAUCAUUAAUUACCAGCCAUCGAUUGACGAAUUAUAUAACUCGUGGACAGACCUUUAUAUACGACCAUGGUGUAGAAUACCGCCAUACCUCAUAGGAAUGGUUACAUGUCAGCUUCUUACAAAAUACAAUUUCAAAUUACAUUUAUCAAAAAAAACCUUAAUCAUUGGAUGGAUCUUGGCAAUUCUAUGUAAUGGUACGAUUGUCUUCGGACUUGAUAACAAGAGCAUACCCUUAAGUCUAUCCAUUCUUUAUUUGUCCCUGAGCAGAACAUGCUGGACCUUGAGCAUUGCCUGGGUGGUAGUUGCAUGCACUACGAACCAUGCUGGUAUCGUGAAGAAAAUCUUAUCACUGGAUAUUUUCGUUAUUUUGAGUAAAUUUACGUAUGGUGCUUAUCUUUUAAACCCUAUUUUCAUACUUUCGGUUCUUUCUUCAAGUUAUUAUCCUUUCUACUUUGAUAAAGUCACCAUUGGUAUUCUGUUCAUUGCAAUCGUUGUUUGUAGCUUCAUUGCUUCUAUUUUGUUAUUUUUAACAGUCGAAAUGCCGUUUGUAUCACUUCUGAAAUUGCGUACUGGUGCACCAAAGAAAAGGAAAGAAGUUGGUGGUGAUAAAUUCCACUGAGUGUAUUAAAUUAUUAAAUUAUUAAACUAAUAGCAGGAAGUUAACCUUUCAUGUGUCAAAAUAU